UGUUUAUUGUUGUGGUUCUUGACCCGAGGUACAAGUUGGAGUAUGCCUGUUUUGUGCUUGAUGAGGUUUAUGGAAUAGAACAUGGGGGAAUUUGGACUAAAAAUGAGUUGUUUGAUAGUGUGAAUGGUGUUUUGGAGGAUAUGUUCAAGGACUAUUCCGAAAUGAGAGGGGUUACUAGUGGAAGCUCAUCAAGAAGUGCGGGGAGUAUAGCACCAAAUGAGAAUGAUGAAUCUGAAAGUGUGGAGGAUUAGUUGAAGAAAAAAUUCAAGAGAAAGAGAAUGGAAGAUAGGGUGGGAGAAACUACACUUUCAGAGCUUGAGAGGUACUUAAAGGCGAAUCUUGAGGAUGAUGAGGACAAAACAUUUGACAUUUUAGCAUGGUGGAAGAAGCAUUCUGGUGAGUAUCCAAUACUGAGUUUGAUGGCUAGAGAUGUGUUGGCGAUUCCAGUAUCAACUGUUGCAUCUGAGUCUGCUUUCAGUACCGGGGGGCGCGUUUUAGAUACAUUUCGGGGUUCUUUGACUCCUUUGGUUGUUGAAAGUUUGAUUUGUGGUCAAAAUUGGCUUCGAUCGAGUACUCUUCCAAUUGACAUGGAAGAGCAAUUUGAAGAAAUUGAAGAACUUGAACAAGAGUUGAAAGAGUUUUGCUUGGAUGAGGGUACUAUCAUGAGUGAUUUGGUUGAUGAUGAUUGAACAACAAUGUAUUAUGUAAUCAACGAUGUAUUCGUACUUUGUAGUGAUUUG